AGAAUUUUCAAAAACUUAUCAUAAAGGAAUCUAUUAAUGUAUCAUACAAAUUUAUAAAAAUAUAACAACAUGGAUAAUAUUGAAAAUGGUAAUAUAAAUAAAUCUCAAACUUUACCAUCACUAAAUCAAAUUAUAAAUUUACCAUCAACACAAUCUGGUAAUUCUUCACCAACUUCAAGACCAAACAGUAAUGGCAAUAUAAAUCCCCCUUCAUUCAUGUCUGAUAGACCACCACCUCCAAGAGAUAGAUAUGAAAAUGAUAUAAACAUUAAUAAUAAUAACAACAACAAUAGAGAUUAUAGAGAUACAUUUAAAUUAAAUAAAGAAGAGGAUAGUAAUAAUGGAAAUAUAAACAACAGUGGAAGCGGUAAUAAUAACAAUACUAAUAGUGGUACCAAUAAUAGCAAUAGUAAUAAUAAUGGUAAUAAUAAUAAUAAUAAUAACAAUAAUAAUUCUUCACCAAUGAUGCAAUCUCAGCAUCAUCAAAAUUCAUAUCAAUACCAGUCUAAUUAUAUUGGCCCACAUCAUAUGAAUAAUGGUAAUUCUCCAAAUAUACAGCCCCAACCUUAUUCUCCUAAUCAACAAUCUUCACAUAAUUGUAAUAGUAAUAGUAACAGUAAUUCACCACCUAUAAAUAAUUUAAAAUUAAAUAAAUCUAUGAAUGGCAGCGGUAAUAGUUUAUCGCCCCCAGGAUAUAGCAGCGGUAAUAGUAGUAAUAGUGGUAAUAAUAGUAGUGGAAAUAAUAGUAAUAGUAAUGGCAUUAAUAAUAACAAUAAUAAUGGUAAUAACAAUAAUAUGAAUAAUAGUAAUAAUAACAAUAAUAACAAUAGUAAUAAUAAUAACAGCAAUAAUAAUAAUAGUAAUGGCUUUAAUGGUUAUCAACAACAAAAUUAUCAAAGAGGUUAUUCAGGUGAAGCAAUUAGAAAGAAAAGAAUUAUAUAUGAGGAGGGAAAUAACCAAUCAGAUUCACCACCACUUUUAAACAGUGACGAUAUGGAGUCACCACGAAUGGGUUAUCAAAAAUUUCAAUCACCUUCAUCAUCACAACAAUAUUCUUCGCCACAACAUAUGCAGGGUUAUCCGCCACCAAAUCAUAUGGGUCACCCACCACCCAAUCACCCAAACUACCCACCAAACCAUCCAAAUUAUCCACCAUCCAAUCAUAUGAAUCACCCACCACCCAAUCAUCCAAAUUAUCCUCCACCACCCAAUCAUAUGAAUCACCCACCAAAUCACAUGAAUCAUCCAAAUCAUCCAAAUUAUCCUCCAAACCAACAACAUCCAAACCACCCAAAUUAUCCACAUCACUCACAAAACCCAAACCAUCCACCCCCACCAAAUCAUAUGAAUCAUUCAAACCAUCCAAAUCAUCCAAACCAUCCCAAUUACCCGCCAAAUCAUCCAUAUCAACAACAUCCUAAUAAUUUUAACCAACCACCACAACAUCCAUCCCAACAGCAACAACAACAACAACAACAACAAGAAGAACCAAUGUCAGAUGAUUCAUUAGAUAGUGAUCCAUGUGAGUUGGAGUUACAACAACAAACCAACAUAAAUAAUGGUUUGAUGAUUUUUCAUGACGCUCUUUUACCAGAAGAAAAUUAUGAUAUGUAUAAUAAGUUUAAAAUGAAUAGUAAUAGUAAUAAUAAUAUUAAUAAUGGUAAUAAUAAUAAUAUUAAAAAAAUCAAUUCAAUGUCAAAUAUCCACAAUAUUAAUAAUGGUUUAACACCUCCACAACAAUCAUCCCCUCAACAAAUAUAAUAUAAUAUAAUAUAAUAUGUAUGGAUAGAAAAAAAAAUAAAAAAAUAAAAUUAUAAAAUAUAAAGUUUUAUAUUUUUUUAUAUAAAAU